UCUAGGUGGAGGCCGCAGGAGGCCUAGGACAAGCAGAGGCAGCAAUGAUUGGUCCUGACGGUGGCUGAGCCCCCAGCCCCUGGAAUAUGCAGCCCGGGGGAGCCCCAGGCAAGGACGCGGUGGCGGAGUGGGGCGGGAGGCAUGGUCUCCACCUACCGGGUGGCUGUGCUGGGGGCACGAGGUGUGGGCAAGAGUGCCAUCGUGCGCCAGUUCUUGUACAACGAGUUCAGCGAGGUCUGUGUGCCCACCACCGCCCGCCGCCUCUACCUGCCUGCUGUGGUCAUGAACGGCCAUGUGCACGACCUCCAGAUCCUAGACUUCCCGCCCAUCAGCGCCUUCCCUGUCAACACACUGCAGGAGUGGGCAGAUGCCUGCUGCAGGGGACUCCGGAGCGUCCACGCCUACAUCCUGGUGUACGACAUCUGCUGCUUUGACAGCUUCGAGUACGUCAAAACCAUCCGCCAGCAGAUCCUGGAGACAAGGGUGAUCGGCACCUCGGAGACCCCCAUCAUCAUCGUGGGCAACAAGCGGGACCUGCAGCGCGGGCGCGUGAUCCCGCGCUGGAACGUGUCGCACCUGGUGCGGAAGACGUGGAAGUGCGGCUACGUGGAGUGCUCGGCCAAGUACAACUGGCACAUCCUGCUGCUCUUCAGCGAGCUGCUCAAGAGCGUCGGCUGCGCCCGCUGCAAGCACGUGCACGCCGCCCUGCGCUUCCAGGGCGCGCUGCGCCGCAACCGCUGCGCCAUCAAUCCUGGCAGCUUGGUGAUGCCAGGCCUUCUGACCUUCAGCACCACUGGCACAGGGCAGAGAGAUGCAGGUGGCCCAAAGACCGCCAUCAAGGGGUCCCAGAUUAGUCAGGGGGAGAAGGCCGAGCUCUCCCGCUUCCAGGGAGACCUCCCUGCUCAGCAACCCCCAGAGACACAACAACCUACCUUCCAGCCUUAA